AUGAAGGCCGGUCUUUUUACCUCUGUCUUGGCGUUGGCCUCUAGUGCCUUCGCCGCUCCAUCUGUGGGAAUCAAGCGCAGCCCGUCUGGUGCAUUCGAGCUUAUUGCCUACGGUGUUGCGUCUGAGUACAUCACCAUGUUCUAUUCCGAUGGUCUUGCCUACGCCGGUGACUCCUCCCUCUGGACAUCUGGAAACGUGACCACCGACAUCACCUUCCUUUUCUCUGACAACGAGCUUGCUGCCACCGCCACCACGAGCGGCGUCACUCUCGACUCCGACACCUUGCUCUACGUCCGGCCCACCGCCGAUGAGGUCUUGCCCGUCGGCUUCACUGGCAAUGGCUACACCACACCAUCUGAUGCGUCUUCGGACUCCUUCAUCUGGUACGGCAGCUACUUGAUGUGGGAGGGCACUGGUGGUACUCUUUCGGAUGUUUUCCGCUUGAAGGAGACUUCUGUUUCUGGUGUUUACCAGUUCUACUGGGAUACUUCUAGCUUGGAUCCUUCCGGAUAUCUCAUUCCCACUAUCAAGGACUUGCUUGUUUGA